UAAUUUAAAGUGGCAUGAAGUAUAUUGAAGUCUUCACUUGAGUGAUUGAGUUUGAGGUCAUCACUCUCAACCAACAUAAGAGAAGAGACAUAACACAAGAACCAACCACAGAAACACUCAGUGUGGUGGUCACUACUACUCAAGAGCUCACCUGAGACUUUGAUUUCUUCUCACAAAACAGGGACCAUAGAAAGUGAGAAGUUUGGUUAAUUGCAUCAAGAUGGCAACUACUGCUGCUACUGAAACCGGUUCAACAUUUCCAUUAUCCGAAACAGAAUAUGAGAUGGUGAAACAUGUAAUCGAUGUUAGAGUCCUUCAAGACUUGAAGCUAUCAGAGUGCAGCAUCUACAAUGUCCCUUGCAACCUUAGGAAGGUGAAUCCAGAAGCUUACACCCCUGAAAUGAUUUCCAUUGGUCCCAUCCACUUCAACAAAGGAAAACUGAAGCCAAUGCAAGAGCACAAGCAGAGGUACUUCCACUUCUUCUGGCACCGCGUCUCCAACGAACAAGCCAUGAAGAAAUACAAAGAGUUUCUCGAAAGCAAUGAAGAAACCAUCCGCCAGCGCUACGCGCACAAGUUCCCGGAGAUCAGCAAGGAGAUGUUCGUGGACAUGAUGCUUCUAGAUGCGGUGUUCAUAAUGGAGUUGCUUCUGAGGAACAGUUGUUGGAAGCUGGAUAGAUCGAAACACGAGAGAGAGUACCGUGCAACGAAAUCAUUCAAGAGCGAUCACAGUGAUGAUUACAUUGUGACACAGUCUUGGGUUAACAGGAACAUAACAAGGGACUUGAUUCUUCUUGAGAAUCAGAUUCCGUUCUUUGUAGUUAACAAACUGUAUGAUGAUGUUGUUGUCCCUAAUGAUAGGAACAGAGAAAUCAUAGAGCACUAUAGUUGCUUUGUGGAACUUGCUAUUCAUUACUUUGCUUUCUAUGAUACUCAGAUGUCUUCUUGUGAAGAGACCAAGAGGUUAUUGGAGAGGAAUCAAUCUAAGAAGAAAAAGGAUAACUCCAAUGGAUCCUUUCUUGGUUCUAGAAAUAAGGCUAAUACUAAGUCCAUGGACAGAGACAAUGGUUACAGCAACCCCAAGCACUUCACUGAUUUGAUCAGGUACUUCUAUCUUCCGGACAACAAAAUUGGAGAGAGUGGUUGCCCAGACAGUGUUCUAAGAACAGCAACAAAGCUCCAAGACUCUGGGAUAACCUUCGAGAAAGUUCUCAACAGAAGGUUGCUACACAUAACCUUCGAGAAGAAACCAAUCCUGAGUUCAUUCCUCUGCCUUGGUUGCUUACCGUACAUGAAUCACGUGAAGGCACGCUUUCGGAUACCGCAGUUGAAGGUUGACCACACAACAGAAUGCAUCCUUCGGAACCUGAUCGCGUUCGAGCAGUGCCACUACCCUGAAGAGCCGUACAUAUGCAACUACGUGUCACUCAUUGAUUCGCUGAUCCACACGCAGGUGGACGUGGAGUUGCUGGUUGAGAAGGAAGUGAUCGUGCACGAGCUUGGGAGCGACAAGGAAGUUGCGACUCUUGUGAAUGGUCUGUGCAGGCAUGUUGUGGCCAACACGACAUGUUACUAUGGUGUCAUAAAUGAUCUGAACAAGCAUUAUCAGAACGCUUGGAACCGUACAAUGGCUGCCUUGUGGUUGGUGUAUUUUAGAGAUCCAUGGAGAGCAAGCUCCACCGUCGUUGGGAUUGCUGUCCUUGUUUUUGCUGUCUUCAACUUCCUCCGUGUUCUUAAUUAUUUCGUUAAGAGUGAUGGUAAGUAAUAAUGAACAAAAUUUAUUAUUUUUAGUUGGUUAAUUUUAAAUUUUAAUAAUAUAAAAAUAAGGCCUUGUUCUAAAAUGUAGAUUAAUAUCGAUAAAAAAAUAGUGUUGGCUUUUUAACAUUUUUCUUUUGUUAACGAAGACUUAGUUUGGAUUAUAUAUUAU